GGGGGCAGCGAUUCAAGCAACGCGACCAUCCCAGACGCCGCCCACUUGCGGCUACUUGGCGGUGGAGCACGAGCAAUCCACGGCAAUCUCGAUUUGCCAGUCCCCUUCUUCCUCUCUCUCCUUCGCUGCUCAAUGGCGCCCACGCCGUAGAAGCUCAACUCAAGAACGAGACGACCAACCACACCAACAUGCCGGGCGAGGAAACACCCGGCGGGCGUCCGCGAUGGAUGCUGCACGUGCAGGCGCAGUUCUGGCGCGUGCUCAUGGGCAUUGGCAUGGUGCUGCACCGCCUCGCGCGCCCGCUGCCACCGAAGCCCGCCUUCCACCGCGACAUCGACGCGACCGUGUCGCCGCUCAAGGGCCGCUUCCGCCUCAACUUCUACGUGCCGGCCGACUACAAGCGCCACCAGAAGCUCAAGGGCACCAAGCGCUACCCGUGCCUCAUCAACUUCCACGGCGGCGGCUUCGUGCUCGGCACCGCCCACGACGACGCGCGCUGGGCCGGCACCGUCGUCGACAACGUCGGCGCCGUCGUCGUGAGCGUCGACUACCGCCUGGCGCCCGAGUUCCCCUUCCCCACGGCCGUCGAGGAUGGCGCCGACGCCAUCCUGUACCUGGCCCAGCACGCCGCCGAGCUGAUGCUGGACUGCGACCGCUUCGCCGUCUCGGGCUUCUCGUCGGGCGGCAACAUGAGCUUCACCGUGCCGCUGUGUCUGCAGGGCGAGCUGUUCGAACGGACGGCUUCGGGCGAGAACAUUGUCGACGGCCGCGCGGGUAAUGUCCCCGCCACCCUCGUGAAGCCGCCCCCCAACGUCGGCUCGAGCACCACGCCCAACGGCUCGCGCGUGCCGCUGAUGCGCCAGAAGUCGCGCCUCGACCGCAUCGCCAUGAUGCGCCAGACGGGCGCCUCGACCCUCUCGCUCAUCUCCUCGUACAAGGACGUCGGCGGCCGCGGCGCAGUCUCCGUCAUGACGCAGGACUCGAGCGCCAUCGUCAAGAUCAGAGGCAUCGUGUCCUUCUACCCGCCCACAGACUACACCCAGACCCGCGCCCAGCGCCGCGCCACCUGUGUCCGCACCGACCACCAGCUCCCCGCCGUCUUCACCCAGCUCUUCGACGACUCGUAUCUGCAGCCCCCGGCUCUCGAUCUCGCCCACCCCUGGCUCAGCCCUGGUGUUGCCCCAACCCGCAUGCUCGAAGCCCUGCCCGACGACAUCGUCCUGUUCUGCUGCGAGUGGGACAUGCUGCUUGCCGAAGGCGAACGCUUCCGCGACAAGCUGGAGAAUCUGGGCAAGCGCGUCCAUUACCAUUGUGUGCUUGGUGUGCCGCAUGGCUGGGACAAGGCGCCCAACCCGCUGAGGGAGAGCCCCGGCGCGCGAGAGCAGUACCUGGUCGCAUGCAGGGAGUUGAAGAGGAUGUUUGAGAUUGAGGAUGUUGAGGGAAGUCAAACCAACCUGCCCUGUGGUGACUACCACAGGAACGCGGAUGCGGGGAGUAAAUAAAAUUGCCUGGGAUAAGGCGUUUGAGUGUGUAAAAUCACCUUGUUUUGGUGUUGGGGCCUUUAGAUGAGGGAUUUAGAUUUUUUUUACACACAUAUUGGCAUCUCUAUCAGGCGACUUACAUGUCAUCUAUGGUUGAGAAAGAAACGAUCGCUUUGAAUCAACCUAGACAGAAACUCAGUUCACAAUCACCAAACAUGUACAAAAGACCGUGACCAACCCAGCAUUGCCGACCACCUAUCUUCCAUCCUCGAGCGCACGCAUCAAGCAUGCCACCCAAUGAGAAAAGACGUCCCCUUGCCGGAAACAUUUCUGAAGAGCCUGAUCCUCCAUGUCUUGCGACACUUUGAACCAAGCUGACCUUCGUGACUGAAAUAUGGUUUCCUUGCCCACACCGGGUACGGAUUAGUACAACCAACAACAGCAUCC